GGGCCGACUUUCGGCCCGGGGCGGGUCCCGCUGAGGCCGGCGCAAGGCCCCUCUCGCGUCUCAGCGAGCCGUCGAGGUUUCUCGAACCAAAACAGUGGCAUUAGUUUUGGGAGUGCUGUACUGCGCUUCGCACGGCCAUCAGCCAGCUAGCACAUCGUUCUGCACCUUCGUCGGUGAAAGGACCAACACAAGUGAGGCAGCGACGCUAAGGUUGCUGCUUGAGGAGCUCUUCACUGACACGUCGGUGACUUCUCAUGAAUAACAAGAUUUACCCGAGGCAUUCAAAGCUCAUCAUCAACCGCAAGGAGGUGCCACUCGAGUCCAAGCGGUCAUGCCAGACCAGCAGAGAAUCGAAAAUGACCCGGACCACUCGGAUUCGAUCAUCCUGGAGCCGAUGAACUUGUGCGAUGUCUCCAGACACAGGAAUAUCAGCCGCGAGAGAAUAAUUUUCAGCUCCGAUGGCGCCGAGUCUCCAACCGGGUUACCACCAGCAAACCCGCACCUCUUCUUCAGCGCCGCGAUGGGUCCGAAAAAGGAGAAGGACCCUGCAGAGCAACGCCGGCUGAAGACAGUGAGGACUUGGCGCAGAGCCAUCAUGAAGGCGCGAUGCAAGGGAGAUCCGUGGGAAAAGUUCCAUCUGGACGCUUAUUCUACAGAGAAGGCCCGGCGCUAUCGCUACAACGCACUCCGCAAAACUUGGGUCAUCGAUGACUGCCUGGUCAAAAUGGAGCCGGAGCCAUUCAACCACGGCGCCAUGCGAGAGUGCUUUCGCAUGAAGAAACUGAGCAACUUCACGCACAAUGACGACUGGAAGAAGGACAGCAACAACUAUGUGGCAAAGCGGUACAUGGAACACGUCGACCGGGAUGUCUACUUUACCGAUGUCCAGCUGCAAAUGGAUGCAAAGCUGUGGGGCGAGGAGUUCAACAGGCACAACCCGCCCAAGAAGGUGGACAUCUUCCAAAUGGCCAUCCUCGAAUUCCCCGGCCGCAAAGACAGCCCACUCUUCCACUGCGAGCACUUCAUCGAGGGCGAGUACGUCAAGUACAACUCCAACUCAGGAUAUGUCAAGGAAGACAAAGAUCACUUGAGGCUGACUCCACAUGCUUUCAGCCAUUUCACCUUUGAAAGAUCUGGCCACGAAUUGAUUAUCGUCGACGUCCAGGGUGUGGGCGAUUUGUACACCGAUCCGCAAAUCCACACUGCUUCUGGCGAGGAAUACGGCGAAGGGAAUCUGGGAGCAAAGGGCAUGGCACUGUUUUUCCACACGCACGUGUGCAACCGCAUCUGCAAGAGUCUCGGCCUGUCCCGCUUCGAUCUGGCACCCUCCGAGUACAAUGAAAAGACCAUGAAGGUGUUGAAGGACUCUCAGGAACGCUGCAAGACAAUGCUACGCGGAAGCGAGGAAAUGUGCGUGCUUCCGUCGCGUACGGAGAAGUACCGCCUGCUGCACCACCGCAUGCCGCGCACCAUGUCCGAGCCGUUCACCCGCCCACGCACCAUCUCUGAGUCCAGCAGCAACUUCAACUCGCUGACACCGCCGGAAUCACCAACACGUUGUAUUUCGUCUGAGGACGUAGAGGAAUUCCUUCACUCGACUCACAACCAGGUGACCUUCACCGUCUCCUGCUCGGACAGCGACUACGAUUCGGUCAGCGCCUCAGACACGGAGCGGUCGUUGGUGCGCAACCGACGACGCCGCCUCGAGUCAGAGAGCGGAUCUGUCAUCGAUGACGAUGAAAAGAUGGAUUUCCACAUUCAGCUGGCCCGUAAGUCGAAGCCGUCGUGCAUCCAGCCGCCGAACCCAGACGAACUGGAGGUUCCCAUGAAGGACUCUGUGCUUGGAUUGGUCCAUUUGGAGUUGUGCCGUUACCACGAGCUCUGCCGCUUCACCAACCCAGACAGUCCGAGUUACGACCAUGACGCCGCUCUCUUCCACCUGGAGUACGCCGCUCGCUGCGGAAUCCAGGAGGCCCGCUUCGCCUACGCCCGCAUUCUACUUGGACUGCAACACGACAUCUUGCCCGACCUGGAGAUUGAACACACUACCGAGAACGAGGAUAAGGGAUUUUCAAUGCUGCUAGAGACCGCCUCAUCUGGGGACGUGGAGUGCAUGGUCCUGGUUGCCAAAGCUUUUGACACUGGAAUUCUUCUUGGAUCAAGGCCGGUUGAUUGGUGUCAAGCUGAGUAUUGGUACGAGCGAUCUGCUGAUGAGGGAGGCACCGACAGCGACCCACCCUACCAACUUUCAGCCAGACUUGCUGAAAUGCUGUGCAUCGGAGGACCGGGACUCAACAAGGAUCCAUCUCGUGCAGGCGAACUGUAUACGGAAGCGGCUGAUGCCGCGAUGGCUGCGAUGAAAGGGCGGCUGGCCAACAAGUGGUACCAGCUGGCCGAAGAGGCCUGGGCCCAGUGCGAAGAGGAGGAGGAGGAGUAGUCGAUCGUGACGGCGCGCGCCGAGGGCUGGUCCGGCUCGGUCGAGGUUGGCUGUAGUUCCGCGCACGCACGGAAUCAGGAUUUCUGUCGACUUCCCGCGCCGUCUGAUCGGCCUCUCGGUUUUGAGUAGAUUUAAGAGUAAAUUACACUCAAAAUUCUUUAAUCUAUCAAAAUAAUGGCUCUCCGCUAGCGCAUGGAUUGAAACUUAAGGAUUGCUAUAGGAUUGAUGACACGGUAAACACCUUUUGAGUUAAGCCAGGUUUCGGUAAUAAUAGGGGAACAAGUGAGUUAACCAGCUAACCUACCCUUCGGCACACACAUUACACCCUUUGAUCUCCAAUUAAUGGAAUGUUACCCAUUCAAUAAGCAACAAAAAUGUGAUUUUUAAAAUUCGGAUGGGCUGCCGCCUUACAAAGCAACAGAUAAUAUCCUAAAAAACGACUGAUUUCUAAAAUAAUUCUCACUCUUUCAUUCUGUACUGCUGUCCCCAAAACGCGUAGUUAGUUUCAUUAAUUUGCUCCUCUCGUUUAUUUUACCAUUAUCAUUUCAACAAAAAGCCAUAGUGUUACGCUUGCUCUAAAUGCAAAUACAUUUUUGUUUGCCCUCUUUGAUGCAUUUAGUUCUUAAUGAUUACGUGUUACACUAAUAUAAUAUGAUUGUAUUAAUGAGAGGUGCUUAUCACUUAUCCAAGUGGAUCCACUGUAAACAAGACAUGGAAGAGGAAAAUUAGUAGGAUGUAGUGCAACUUCUGAAUAAUAUAUAUUCUCACCUCUGAGAUAGUCAAGAUUAAGGAGAACCAACUACACGUCAUUAUAAAUGUUUGUAUAUUUGCUAAUGUUAAUUUUUCUGUAUAUUUCUGCAUAAUUGUGAUGAUAUCAAUAAAACUUGAGUCAUAAUGAUU